AUGGUGACUUCCGGUAUGCAUCCGGUUAAAGUAUUCCCAUUCACCAAUCAAACCAUUGCAAUAGAGUGCAUUGACCAACCUGCUGCUGGUGCCAUAUCUAGCAAAGAGCGAGUCAGUUGGAUAGAUGUUGCUUCCGCGUUUGUACUAUCAAGUAAGACUGGCAAGUGUGAUUUACAUAGCACAAUAAUGCGCGAAUUCAAAGUGGUCGUGCUGGGCUCGGGUGGGGUCGGAAAAAGUGCUUUAACUGUACAGUUUGUGUCCGGAUGUUUCAUGGAAAAAUAUGACCCCACCAUAGAAGAUUUUUAUAGGAAAGAAAUAGAAGUGGAUAAUUCCCCAUGUGUUUUGGAAAUAUUGGAUACAGCGGGAACAGAACAAUUUGCUUCCAUGAGAGAUCUGUACAUAAAGAAUGGCCAAGGCUUUGUUGUUGUAUAUUCCUUAACAAAUCAUCAAACAUUUCAAGAUAUUAAACCAAUGAAGGAGUUGAUAACUCGCGUUAAGGGUUCAGAGCGUGUACCUAUUUUGUUAGUGGGUAAUAAAGCUGAUUUGGACCAUCAACGCGAAGUUUCGCAGACUGAGGGUUCGGCGCUGGCGCAGAUGUGGGGCUGCCCAUUCGUGGAAGCUUCGGCGAAAAGCCGCACUAACGUCAACGAAAUGUUUGCUGAAAUAGUGCGUGAAAUGAACGUUAGCCCUGAAAAGGAUAAGAGACCUUAUUGUUGUUGUACAGUGCUUUAA